GAGAAGGACGGGGCGCUACCUUGCUGCGGGCGGCUCGGUCCCAGGACCCGAGCGCCGACUGGGAGGGCGGAAAAGCAGCAGCGCGGCGCCUGUUACGCGCAAGGCAAGGCGGUGACGCCAGACCGAGUUGCGGUCCAGCGCGGAGUUGACGUAGGGCUUGGCGGCGCGGCGGCUCUGGGCGAAGUUCUGGGUUGCUGAGCCUUGUUGAGCGAGCCGCCGGGGCCUGGUUCGCGCACGUAACGCCAUGAACGGGGCUCGGCGAGCCAGAAUGGCUUCAGGUUAAGAGAGAACGGAAGCCCGGGUAGCAUGAACGGUGGCGUUGUGGCACCUUAACCCUGUUAGUUGUUUAUGCCUUUUUCUUCGUACAAGCAGCCUAGAAGCUAGUGGGAUGGCUGAACCCUUUUCCUGUGAUACUUUUGUGGCUCUGCCUCCAGCUACACUAGGUAGCCAAAUCAUCUUUGGAAAAAAUUCUGAUAGGCCUUCUGAUGAAGUCCAGGAGAUUGUGUUUUUUCCUACUGCUACUCAUGAUCCAGGACAAAAAGUUGAGUGUACUUACAUAGAAAUCGAACAAGUACCAGAAACAUAUGCAGUUGUCCUGAGUCGUCCAUCCUGGCUAUGGGGUGCUGAAAUGGGAGCCAAUGAAUGUGGAGUUUGCAUUGGGAAUGAAGCAGUAUGGGGAAAAGAAGAGGUCUGCAGUGAUGAAGCGCUCCUUGGCAUGGACCUUGUCAGGCUUGGACUGGAAAGAGCGGAUACUGCAGAAAAAGCUAUCAGUAUUAUUGUUGAAUUGGUGGACAAGUAUAAUCAAGGUGGAAACUGUAUGGAGAGUCAAAUGGCAUUUACAUAUCAUAACAGCUUUUUGAUAGCAGACAGAAAAGAAGCUUGGAUUCUGGAAACUUCUGGAAAGUACUGGGCUGCAGAGAAAAUAGAACAAGGAACGCGGAAUAUUUCCAACCAGCUAUCAAUCACAACUAAAAUUGACCGUGAGCACCCAGAGCUAAGGAAUUAUGCUCUAAGCAAAGGCUGGUGGGAUGGCAAAAAAGUAUUUGAUUUUGCUGCCACAUAUUCAUAUGUCAAUACCGCCAGGAUGACAACUACAAGUGGCAGAUACCGUGAAGGCUAUAAAUUACUGAAGAAACAUACAGGUAAUAUAACAGCUGAGACAAUGAUGACAAUUCUUCGAGAUAAAGAGAGUGGUCUUAACAUGGAAGGUGCCUUCAUGACCACGGGAAGCAUGGUUUCCAUACUUCCCCAAGACCCUAAUCUCCCUUGCGUUCAUUUCUUCACUGGAACUCCAGACCCUGACAGGUCUGUUUUUAAACCUUUCAUUUUUGUGCAAAAUAUUACCCAACUUCUAAACACCAGCUCUCCGGUGUUUGGCCCCGAGGAUCCGGUUAAAAAGCAGCCACGAUUUUAUACGAAGCCAGAUAGAAGGCACGAGCUCUAUCGAAAACAUGAACAGGCAAUUGUCAUGAUGGAGUCCUCAAAGGAAAAGGCUGAACUGAUCAUGGACCAGAUCCAAAGAUUGGAGAAAACGAAGAUUGAUGAGAUAGACCGUAUUCUCCAGAGUGGGCACCUGGAUGUUGAUCAAGCAGUUAAUCUCUUUUCAAAUUGUGUAGAAGAAGAAAUACGUAUAUAUGCGUGAAAAUAUUUAUUUUCCAAAGCAGUUUUAUUCAUUGUACAAUGCUACUUCUGGCCAAAUAGCAUUUAUUAUGUGGAAGCUAACUGGAAAAUAAAAUAUUGGCAAUAGCCUUAGUAGAAUAUAAUUGCUAAUUUUAAAUGUGACUUGCAGCCAGCCACAAAGUUUAAAACAUCUGCAAAAUUACUGA